AUUAAUUUCUUUAAUUUCUGUUAAAGAAAUUGAUCUGACCGAGGUGCAUGGGUGCACUGGGAUGAAGACAAUUUGAUCCCUCAUUGCAGCCGCUUAGAAGUCAAGUCUUAGCCUCCACGACCUUGAAAAGGCUUACCUGACACUGACCUCCUUUUCUCCCAGGCCCUUGGCCUCGGCUGGCACAGGGGUGCAGGGGAACUGGAAGCAUCAAGUGACCAGGCGGAUGUGCUCCUAUGAGGGUUCCUUCCAACUCGCCCAGUUCCUACUGCUGGUGGGGGUUCCAGUGGCAAGUGCUGUCCUUCUGGCCCAGUGCCUUCAAUGGCGCUGCCCCCGCCGGCUGCUGGGCGCCUGCUGGAAGCUGGAAAGCCAAGAGGAGCCAGUGUCCCAUCCCACUCCCCUACCUGAAAGUGAGUCCUCCGGGGAGGCACCCCCGGCCUCGCUGCAGGAGAUGGCCGCCUUCUACCAGGAACUGCACACGCCCACCCAAGGCCAGACUGUCAUCCGACAGCUGAUGCACAAGCUGUUGGUGUUUUCGGCUCGAGAGGUGGACCACCGCGGUGGCUGCCUGAUGCUCCAGGAUACGGGCAUUUCCCUGCUCAUCCCGCCAGGUGCUGUGUCUGUGGGCCGCCAGGAGCGGGUGGCACUGAUCCUGGUGUGGGAUCUGUCAGACGCCCCGUCGCUGUCCCGAGCCCAGGGGCUGGUGAGCCCCGUGGUGGCGUGUGGCCCCCAUGGGGCCUCCUUCCUGAAGCCCUGCACCCUCACCUUCAAGCACUGUGCCCAGCAGCCCAGUCAGGCCCGUACCUACAGCAGCAACACGACCCUGCUGGAUGCCAAGGCCUGGAAGCCGCUGGGGCGGCCGGGAGACCACAUCUCCCGGGAUGAAUGUCGCAUCCACCUCUCCCACUUCAGCCUCUACACCUGUGUGCUGGAGGCAGCUGUGCACAGGGAAGCCCGGAAGUGGCUGCAGCUGGCCGUGUUCUGCUCGCCGCUGGCCGCCGGGCAGUCUCACCUGCAGCUGCGCGUCUACUUCCUCAACAACACGCCCUGUGCCCUGCGGUGGGCUGUGACCAAUGAGCAGCCGCACGGCGGGCGCCUGCGUGGGCCCUGCCAGCUCUUCGACUUCACCGGGGCCCGAGGGGACCAGUGCCUGAAACUCAAAUACAUCUCCGAGGGUUGGGAGAAUGUGGACGACAGCAGUUGCCAGCUGGUUCCCCAUCUGCACAUCUGGCACGGAAAGUGCCCCUUCCGCUCCUUCUGCUUCCGGAGAAAAGCAGCCAAUGAGAACAAGGACUGCUCAGCACUGACCAAUGAGAUCAUUGUCACCAUGCACACCUUCCAGGAUGGCUUGGAGACCAAGUACAUGGAAAUCCUCAGAUUCCAGGCAUCGGAGGAAGAAUCCUGGACAGCGCCACCCGCUGUGACCCAACCACCCCCAUGCAACAGGCUGCCCCCAGAGCUCUUCGAGCGGCUGCAGAUGUUGUUGGAGCCAAACAGCAUCACUGGCAAUGACUGGCGACGACUGGCCUCCCACCUGGGGCUUUGUGGUAUGAAAAUCCGGUUCCUGUCCUGCCAGCGCAGCCCCGCGGCAGCCAUCCUGGAGCUGUUUGAGGAGCAGAACGGCAGCCUACAGGAGCUGCACUACCUCAUGACCACCAUGGAGCGGCUGGACUGCGCCUCCGUCAUCCAGAACUACCUGAAGGGGACGCAGAGCGGCAGCCCACCCCGGGUCUGCUGGGUCGCCCAGGAGAACCAGGGCCUGGAGCUGGAUGAGAAGCUCUGAGAGCCCCUCUAUGGGGCAGGGUGGAGCUCUGUCUACCGGGAUGUACCCCUACACCUAGGAAGAAAACAGCUGCAGUUCCUGGCUGUGCCCACCGACCUCAUCAGGACCCUUGGACGGUGCCUGGGGCCACCGCGAGUCCAGACGCCUCCUCGGGUCAGGACCACCCUUUCGGCCCGCGUCGUCCUGCGUGCAGAUCCCUUCUUGGCCGGCAGGGGGCGCAGGAGCCCAGGAGAUGGCCCCAGCGUGGCCAGCCUCCGGGAAGCUAUUUAAUAGACCAAUGGACUGUUAGGCUGCCCUGUUGGCACUCCUUGGGGACUGGUUAGUCCACGAGUAUUCACUGAGCACUUAGUGAUACCUGGCACUGGACUGGGUAUCAUGGGGACUCCUGGAAUAUAUGAGGUCGGGUUUGGAGCCUUGUGGAAACCACAGUUCUCUUGUGGGAACCAAGAUGCCCUCGUAGGAGCUGAGGACAAACGCUAAACCAGCAGCACGUGCCCUGUGGUUAGGGGAUGUGGAUGUGGUAUGAAUUGCACCUGCAUUAGGAGUUGGGAAGGGAGGGAGCUGAGUACGGGCUGGAGCAGUGAGAAACCAUCAUGGAGGAUGUAGGAGAAAUGAUUUACAGAGAGUGAGAUCUUAAGGUGGGGGAAGGCGGGGAUGUGACUGGACUUACAGUAGGAGCCCGGUGAGCAUGGGGUGCUGAGUCAUCAAGGAGCCCAGCGUGCUGGGUAUGAGGUGAGAGCAGGACAGGGGUUCAAGGCCAGAUCUAAAGAUGGACAGUCAUAGCUGGCUGUCCACCUGUCUCCUUUGACUUCCUUUGUCUCUUUAUCCUCCCAUCCUUGCCUUGUCUUCCUCUCUCUGUGCCAUUAUCUCUGUCAUAAAACAUCAAAGCUGAAAAGAAACUUCAAGAUUAUUAUUGUUGUCCAACCUUUUAAUCUCUUUAUCUUGAACUGUGUGAGUUUUAAGUCUCUCUGACUUCAUUUUGCUGUCACUGGCCCCUGCAGUGGCUCCAUCCCUGAAUCUGUCUCUCUUUUAGAUGAGAUGUCUUAGCAUCUUUUUGUCUUAGCAUCUUUUUGUCUCUACCUACUUGCUGUACCUGCCCUUGUGUGUUUCUUUCUUCCUCUGAAAUCCUCAGUCAUUUCCCUCAGGUAAGUGUCUCUAAACCACGGUUAAGUAUCAAAGGCUAUUGAAAGACACCGGUCUCCCCUAGGAAUGGAUGGGUGGGGAUUUUACCCCAUGAGUCAAGAUCCACUUUAGGGUCAGGAAGUAGAGGAUAGGGAUUAAAGAACAUCCCAUUCAGUCAACUCUUUAUUCAGCACCUACUGCCUGUUAGACACUGUAUAGAAAAUAAAUCAGUAGGCUGGGUCCUGAAAAGAGAACAAAGGAUUUGACUCAAUUUAAGCAAUUCUUUUGUUUGCAAACAGGUGUUGUUAAUUUUUUCAAGGGCAGACAAAUGAUCUCUCUGGCAACACUAACAAUUUCUUCUGUAUUUAAUUAAAAAUAUUAAAGCUUUUUCUAUGAUGGACAACAUUGUAUAAUAAAAUAUGA